UGCAACCACUAACUGCCACUAACAACUCCAAUAUUACGAACUAUAUUUAGCACAAAUGCUUAUUAUCAAUGUUCGCCUACCGUCUGAGUCACCCGAGGGAACAUUCGUGUGAAUCUCGCUGUUUGGAUUUCUGUUUUUCCGAUUAUUCCGAUAACACGUGAAUCAUCGCAAAACAGGGGCGCAGAGCCGCCAAAAUCGAAAACCCGGAACUUGCAACGACUAUUUUCCACACAGAACAAGACUUAAAUAACAACAUUUUAAUGAAAGAUGGAGGGAUUGUCCUCGAAGGGGGUUUUAAGUCACCUAAGUGUGCUGGCGGUUCAGACGAAGAGACGCAGAAAUCCUCCCCAGCAGUCGACGCGUGUGAAGGAGCUGAAGGCUGAAGCUGAAGCGCUGAUGAUGCGGAGAGAGCAACUGAAGGCAGAGAUACAGACACACAAGAGUCUUCAGAGAAUGCGGCUGUCGAUGGACAAACAGUGUUCACAUGAAGGAGAGGAGGAAAUGGAUGAAGACUCGGAGAACUCACAGCUACUACAGCUGAUGGCCAAACAUUCACAACUGAAAGAUCUUCUGUAUGCCCAUCACCUGAUUGGUGGGUAUGACAUCAUCAAUACAAGCCUUGGUAAAGGAGUGUGCGUGUCUGUGACAACGGCCUACGAGGGCGUUUAUUUAGACACCUACAACGUGGAGAUAGACCUGAAGCCUGUGCUGAGGAUCACUCGUCAUAACGUUCCCCCGUUCAUUCCCCUGAACGAACUCGCUGAGCAGAACAACAUACAAACAAACAUAAAGGCUUUUCUGGACGUGCUCAGCCAGCAUCUCAACGCCCACGCUGGACGGAAGCAGCAGCUGAAGCUCGUUAAGGAGCGAUUCCCGUCCGUAGACGUGAUGGAGAGUAAUGUCUUGUGUUCUAUACUGGUGCUGAUGUUCACCGUGCCAAGGCAGAAGACUGCUGUCCUCUGCACGUUGAACUACUCUGACCACACCAGGUGUCUUCCCACCACAGUGCACAUUCAGUGCGAAGACAAAGACCUUCCUGAGUCUCCAGAGUGGAAGAAAAAACAGAGCCUGCUCAUGGAGAUGCCAGUGCACAAAGCUUUGAUGACCAUGAAAACGAUGGGGGAUAUUCUUUAAUAUAAGAAGAAAUAUUGAAACCAAUCCUCGUUUUUUUUACAAAAUAUGUACAUACAUCACUCUCACUGUUAAUAUUACAACUGUUUUUCUUUGUUUUGUAAAUGUUGAAUAGAUAAUAAAGUUAAUGACCCUUUCAAGUUUCUCUAUGGAGUUUCCAGUAUUUCCACAUCACUUUUAUCCCUGAGACUUCUUAUAAACUCCGCCACCCUCUUGUGUAAUGUUUCCCUCUGAAGUCGUUUCACUCUGUCCAUUUCCUCGCAGGCUUUCUGCCGCUGCCUGGCCAGUUCCUUUUCUGAUAUCGAGUCAAUGGUUGCGAUAUUUUUCAUCUGCAUGAGAGACACGUUUGCCCGGAUGUUGCCUCUGUGUCUCAGUGGACCUGUGGGCUUGUCCGACGUCAGUGGUGCCGACACUGACCGAUUCUUCUGUGCCAGUUCAGCUCCCUCGUGUUGAUGCUGGGACUUGCUGGAAUAGUGUCUUCUGCCAUCAGACGUGUGAACAGCCCUCACGUGUGUCUUGUGCUCUCCGAUUUCUUUCAUAGCAAUGUUAACUAUGGCUUUGGGUUCACACACUUUCACCAUCACCACUCUCCCCUGCUCACGAAUCAACGUGUCUCGCCUCUGUUGGAGCAUUUUGAGCGUGUACCUGUAUUGUUUGUCCAGCAUGCUAAGUUUAUGCUGCAGGUCUUUGUCCUCCUUUUGGUUAAGCACUCUCAGAUCUCUGUGUGGGACAGGCCUUCUGUAGAUUUGAUCCAUUUUUAUAUCAAGACCUAAAGGGAGAAGGUCAUGAUUUGGGGUAAAUUGUU